CUUAUCUGUAAAAGUACAAUGUUAAAAACAGUAAACACAAUGUUAAAUAAAUUAUAUUGCCUUCUUUUCUUUUUAUUCAAAUUAUAUAACGUAGACGCAAACAUCGCGCCGCACAAAAAUGCUGUUUUACUUUUGGAGUUUAAUUUUUUGUGCAGCUGAUGAUGGGGGAUUUGAAAUGCGAUCCUACUUAAAUAAUAUUUGUCAAACACCCAAUCUAGACAAAUUGGCGAAAGAAAGUUUGUUGUUUAAUAAUGCAUAUUCAUCAGUCAGCAGUUGUUCUCCUAGUCGUUCAUCUUUACUCACUGGUUUACCAAGUCAUCAAAAUGGAAUGUAUGGUCUCCAUCACGGAAUUCAUCACUUUAAUUCAUUUGAAACUGUUCAAAGUUUGCCAAAAAUAUUGAAAAGAAAUAACAUAAGAACAGGUAUUAUAGGUAAAAAGCACAUAGGUCCAGACAGUGUAUAUCCAUUUGAUUUUUCCCAAACAGAAGAAAAUAAUUCUAUACUUCAAGUUGGCAGAAACAUUACAAAAAUUAAACUUUUAGUCAGAGAAUUUCUCUCCCAAAAUAAAACAAAACCCUUCUUUUUGUACAUUGCAUUUCACGAUCCUCAUAGAUGUGGUCAUGCACAUCCGGAAUAUGGAAAUUUUUGUGAAAAAUUUGGCAAUGGAGACAUUGGUAUGGGUACUAUCCCUGACUGGUAUCCAAUAUACUAUCAGUGGGAACAGGUAAAAGUUCCAUAUUUCGUUCAAAAUACCGAAGCUGCUAGACGAGAUAUUGCUGCUCAGUAUACUACCAUUUCUCGUUUAGAUCAAGGCAUAGGAUUAGUUUUAAAAGAACUAGAGGAUGCUGGUUUUAAAGAUAACACGUUAGUGAUAUACACAUCUGAUAAUGGUAUACCAUUUCCAAAUGGUAGAACAAAUUUAUAUGAACCAGGAUUAGCAGAACCUAUGAUGAUUAGGUCGCCAAUUUCUAAUCAUAGAAAAAAUAGUGUAACGCACAGUUUAACAUCUUUAUUGGAUAUUAUACCAACAUUAUUAGAUUGGUUUAACAUACCAUAUAUGGAUCGAUCUUCAUUUGAUACAAAUGAAGCUCCUCUUCUAACUGGAAAAUCUCUCCUUCCACUUCUCAUUCAAGGUAAAUUUGAUCUAUCCUCGGUAUCCAGAUAUGCUUUGACAUUACUUCGUUCAACACGUGUAUUUCCAGAACCCACAGAAAAUGACACGGCUGUUUUUGCCAGCCAGACACAUCAUGAAGUUACUAUGUAUUACCCCAUGCGUGCCAUUAGAACUAAAAGAUUCAAGCUCAUACAUAACAUUAACUAUAAAAUGCCAUUCCCUAUUGAUCAAGACUUUUAUGUCUCACCAACCUUUCAGGAUCUUUUAAAUAGGACUAUAAAUAAACAACACCUUCCAUGGUAUAAAACAUUAGAAAGUUAUUACAAUAGACCAGAGUGGGAAUUGUAUGAUUUGAAAUACGAUCCAGAAGAAAAGAACAAUAUUGCCUCUAAAUCAUCUGCAAAAAAAAUAUUCUCAGAUUUACAACAGAGACUGUUAAAAUGGCAGGAAGUAACCAAUGAUCCCUGGCUUUGUGCACCAAGAGGGGUUCUUAUUGGAACUAAAGUGUCACAAUGUAUGCCGCUUGAAAACAUUUAGAACAUGUUAUUUUAAUUUUUAUUACACGAUGACAUUUGCUAUGGUCAUGAAUAUUCAUAAAUACUCAAUUGUUAACAUGACAUAAUGUAGAUGAAAGAGACAUUCAUAAUUUAUUAUAAUAACUGUUAUAUUUUUUUACAUAUUAUAGAAAUGGUAUCAGGGUAUUUAAAUAAAUCUCAUUAGCAAAAUUGA